GGGAGUGAAAGCAAAAUAGAACUGAAGGAUUAAGAGAAGGAGGGUGAAUUCAAAUAAUCGCAAAACCCGGGUGUGGUGGGUGGGAAAGGCGUUGUCAGGACUUAAAAGCGGCAGRACGCCGGCAGGAGAGCUAGCUCAGGCCAACGCUGGGCGCCCCGCAGGAAGCAGGAAAGCGGGCGGGAACUACAAGUCCCAGAAGCCUCGGGCUCCCAGCCGCGCCGCGCCUCGCAAAGCCYGCCGGGAGCCGGCUGCAGCCGCCAAGAUGUCGCAGACUAAGAAGAGAAAGCUUGAGUCGGGGGGCGGCGGCGAAGGAGGGGAGGGAACUGAAGAGGAAGAUGGCGGGGAGCAGGAGGUGGCCGUGCCACGACCCCGGAGGACUAAGCGCGAGCGGGACCAGCUGUACUACGAGUGCUACUCGGACGUGUCGGUCCACGAGGAGAUGAUCGCCGACCGCGUCCGCACCGAUGCCUACCGCCUGGGUAUCCUGCGGAACUGGGCAGCUCUGCGAGGCAAGACCGUGUUGGACGUGGGUGCAGGCACCGGCAUUUUGAGCAUCUUCUGUGCCCAGGCCGGGGCCCGGCGCGUGUACGCGGUGGAGGCCAGCGCCAUUUGGCAACAGGCCCGGGAGGUAGUGCGGCUCAACGGGCUGGAGGACCGAGUGCACGUCCUGCCGGGUCCGGUGGAGACCGUGGAGUUGCCAGAGCAGGUGGAUGCCAUCGUGAGCGAGUGGAUGGGCUAUGGACUUCUGCACGAGUCCAUGCUGAGCUCUGUGCUGCACGCGCGGACCAAGUGGCUGAAGGAGGGCGGUAUUCUUCUACCGGCUUCCGCUGAGCUCUUCGUAGCCCCCAUUAGCGACCAGAUGCUGGAGUGGCGCCUAGGCUUUUGGAGCCAGGUGAAGCAGCACUAUGGCGUGGACAUGAGUUGCCUAGAGAGUUUCGCCACACGCUGCCUCAUGAGUCACUCGGAGAUCGUGGUGCAGGGUCUGUCCGGCGAGGACGUGCUGGCCCGGCCACAGCGUUUUGCUCAGCUCGAGCUGGCCCGCGCCGGCCUGGAGCAGGAGCUGGAGGCCGGGGUGGGCGGGCGCUUCCGUUGCAGCUGUUAUGGCUCGGCGCCCAUGCAUGGUUUUGCCAUCUGGUUCCAGGUGACCUUCCCUGGAGGAGAUUCGGAGAAACCCCUGGUGCUGUCCACCUCGCCUUUUCAUCCGGCCACACACUGGAAGCAGGCACUCCUCUACCUAAACGAGCCGGUACAAGUGGAACAAGACACGGACGUUUCAGGAGAGAUCACGCUGCUGCCCUCCCGGGACAACCCUCGUCGCCUGCGCGUUCUGCUGCGCUACAAAGUGGGGGACCAGGAGGAAAAGACCAAAGACUUUGCCAUGGAAGACUGAGCAUUGCCUUUUCUCCCAGCCCCACCUCCUAAGGCAGCCUGGCCUGUUUGGGAGAGGCAUAGGGAGGUCGGAGGAGAAAGGGAGAUCCCAUGUGCAAGUAUCGUGUGAUGGUAUCAUCAUGGCUAUACAUGAAGAGCAAUGUAUGACCCUGGACACCAAAUGAUCCAAAGGAAAACCAAGACCUAAAGGAUGCAAGUCUAAUAUAUAUCAGUAUACAGGCAUUGUCCUCUCUUGUGGACUGGUACUGAUUGUUUGGGGCCAUUAGGGCCCCAAGCAAGAACUCCUAGGCCCAAAGAAAAAUAUGGUAAAGUUAUACUUGUUUCCCUCAAACAACUUACAUUUAUUUAACCCUAUGAAAUGUCCCAAAUAUUUUCAUUAUUUCAUUGGACCAAUGAAUAUUUUAUUGAUUGUAUGAAGUAAUAGUCAUUGUUAUAACCAUGUAGGAUACAAACCAAUAGAACAGAUUCUGCCUUCAGAUACAUACUUUUAUAAGAUAAACUACUAAGUAUAAUAAACAACAGGC